AGUGUAAUAAUUACCGACGGAUCAGAGCAAUAUAAGCGUUUCGUACAGUUACCGCAACCACUCUCUUUUAAAGUUUACGUAUUCAAUGUAACAAACUCGCAUAAAAUUCAACUUGGUGCCAUACCGAUUGUAAAAGAAAUCGGACCAUAUAUCUAUAAACAAUUCCGAACAAAGCGUGUACAACACUUCUCACGGGACGGUUCCAAAAUUACUUAUGUACAAGACCAACUCUAUAUAUUUGAUGAGCAGGCUUCGGCUCCGCUGCGCGAAUCAGAUAACAUCGUGGUAUUGAACAUGCAUAUGAAUGCGUUCUUGCAAGUAUUCGAAAAAGAAAUCACCGAUAUUUUGCAAGGUUUCGCAAAUCGAAUCAAUCAUCGUUUAAAUCGAACUCCAGGCGUUCGUGUAUUAAAACGUUUAAUGGAUCGUAUACGUGGGAAACGUAAAUCGGUUUUAGAAAUAAGCGAAAAUGAUCCAAGUCUGGCCAUAUUGUUAGUGCAUUUAAAUGCGAAUUUAAAAGGAAUAUUCAAUGACCCGAAAUCGAUGUUUGUUAGCACUACCGUUAAAAAUUAUCUCUUCGACGGUGUACGUUUUUGUAUCAAUCCUCAAGGUUUGGCCAAAGCGAUAUGCAAUCAAAUCAAGGAAAGCGGCUCGAAAACCUUACGCGAACUAAAGGAUGGUAGUUUAGCCUUCUCCUUCUUUCAUCAUAAAAAUGGUUCCGGCCAAGAAUUAUUUGAAGUUCAUACCGGCAAAGGUGAUGCUAUGAAAGUUAUGCAAAUACAAAAACUGGAUGAUUCGCACAAUUUACAAGUUUGGCUUAAUGCUAGUGAAAAUAAUGAGGCUUCAAUGUGUAAUCAAAUUAACGGCACGGAUGCCUCUAUGUUUCCACCCUUUCGUCAACCGGGUGAUAAUAUGUACAUUUUUAGUACCGAUAUUUGCCGUUCAGUGCAAUUGUUUAAUCAGCAUACAAUCGAAUAUAAAGGUAUACCCGGUUAUCGUUAUUCGAUUGGUGAGAAUUUCGUUAAUGACAUCGGUCCUGAACAUGAUAACGAUUGCUUUUGUGUUGAUAAAUUAACAAACGUUAUUAAACGUAAGAACGGUUGCCUAUAUGCCGGUGCAUUGGAUUUAACGACUUGUUUAGAGGCACCUGUAAUUUUAACCUUGCCACACAUGUUGGGUGCCUCCAAUGAAUAUACCAGCACCAUACGGGGACUUAAACCAGAUGCAAAGAAACACCAAACCUAUGUGGAUGUACAGCAACUUACUGGUACCCCGCUGCAAGGAGGGAAACGUGUACAGUUCAAUAUGUUUUUAAAGACCAUUAAUCGCAUAACGAUCACCGAAAAUUUAACCACCGUCUUAAUGCCAGCAAUCUGGAUCGAUGAGGGUAUACAACUAAAUGACGAAAUGGUUGAUUUCCUUAAACAAAAGCUCAUCAACAAUUUGAGACUUUUAGAUAUUUUUUAUUGGAUGGCUUUAGCUGGUGGGAUUGUAACUGGCAUGAUCGGCUUCAUAUAUUAUGCGGUCCAUCGACGGAAAUCCGUUAAAGAGCAUUCGCUUACAUAAGUUACCAAGAGUUUAUUGUAUUUG